AUGGGAGAAGUUGUGCGGAUAGUGGUGUUUGUGAUGGCUUUCAUCAGCUGCAAUGCCCUCCUGGAUCUGGCUGGUGUCCACCAGAUCAAUGGCACAUGGAUGGGAUCCACCACUUUACCGUGUACCUACAUGCCCUCAGAAGGUUUCACACAGCAAACGCUCAGCUGGAGGGUAGACCGAGACUAUAGCACCUCUACCAUCUUUCGGAGGGAUGAUUCUGGUGACCACAUCUUGUUGUCUCGGUUCCGAGACCGGGUCAGCGUCCCCAAGAACAGCCCAGGGGAUGCCUCACUCCUAAUUGAGAACCUCGAAAUCCCUGACAGUGGACACUACACAUGUCAAGUCAUCUGGAGGUCUAAAAAUAACAGCUUGAUAACAAAGGAGGUGACCACUACGAUUAAAGUUGUCAAAGUUGCGGUGACCAAGCCCGUCAUCAUGGCCGGCGAGCUGGGGCUGACGGAGGAGGAUCUGAAUACCUUGACAGUCCGUUUAGUUAGCAGCAUGAGGACUUUAACGUUUCAGUGCAGGAGCUGUAGCACUGCAGAUGUCACGAGAUUGGAGACUGAUGUGGAGGUCCCUGAUAGAUGCCUACACAAGGAGACAAACUCUAAGACCGAAACAUCCAAUGAUACUUUCACUAUGAAAGACAACGACAGCAUGUGCAUCAGGAAGAAUCCUGAGUAUGAGAACCUUGUGAAUGCCAUGGAAUCAGAAUAUUAA